AUGGCUGAUAUUAUGGCAAACCUGAAGACCUUCCAGCCAGAGUAUGGGGCAGGGACGAAUGAGCGCCUGCUGUAUCUGAGAUGCCGUGCCAAAGGACUGGCAGUGACUGCCUGUGCUCAUGCCCUCUUCUUCUGCAAAGUGCUCCAGGCCACCAGGCAGGAAGAGGAACAGCUGAAGAUCGGGAUUAUUGGUGGAGGCCAUAUUGGGAAACAGCUGGCUAGGGUGCUGCUACAGCUGAGCGAUAUUCCAGGAAAAAAUAUCCAGAUCUCCACAAGGCAGCCAGAAACUCUAUUAGAAUUCCAGAUGUUGGGAAUUGACUGUUACUACAACAACAGGCAGCUGGUGGGCUGGGCAGAUGUUGUAUUCCUCUGCUGUCUUCCAUCUCACCUCUUGCACAUCUGCUCAGAAGUUCAAGAUGCACUCAGAAAUUGCAGCAUUAUAUAUAGUCUGCUCACAGCAAUUCCUCUGCCCAGAUUGAAACAAUUACUUUCCUGCAAUUUCAUCUUGAGGCCACAGUACAAGUUCAUGGAAAGUGGCUCUUUUUCUAUAUGGGAGGCUAACAGGACGGUUGUGGAAGCCCUGAAAGACCCAGACGUUAUUCAGGCUACAUGUCCCUGUAGCCCAAAAGGGGAAAUUUUUGUCAAUACAAAAUGGCUGGCAGCUGUGUUGUAUGCAGCACUCAAUAGCUACACCUGGCAGCGGCUGUCCUAUGUGAGGGCCUUGGUUUUACUCAAUCAGCUGUGCUUUUCUGAGGAUAAAGUCAUCACUCCAGCAGAUGAUAAAUCACCACCACCACCAUUUCUAGUUUGUGAAAACUUUAUUAACCGAGCCUUUGCUUCAUCUCUGAAAACUGAUGAUUCCUUCCCCUGCUUUGACCUGACAACAGUACAGCUAAAAGAUUCACCGCUUAGCCAACUUCUAGCAACAAAUACAUCUUUACAGAACAGCUUCGCUUUAUUUUACUAUAACCUGAUUGCUACAGCAUCCACAAACAACAACGAAUCCAUGACAGAUAAUUCUAAAGGGAUACCUCUUUCAGCUGUUCUACUGAAUCCCCACAAGUCUUUGAAUCAUAGCUUGGAUGAGCCUUGUAUAAGCAAAGAAGAAGCACUGAGUACUGAUUCUGAGGAGGCAUAACUACUCUGUGAAUCCAAACCUCAGAAUUAGAAAUGUGUUUUGCCUUGAUACA